CUGAGUUUAAGGAAAAUAAUUAAACAUGUCAUCAUCAGCCCUAAGUGGAGAAGAUAGACAUUUAUUUGAAUUCUUGGCACAGGGAAGAUUGUUAGUUGCAAUAAUAUUCUUUGGCAUGGGAGUUGUGUUCGUUGUGUUUUGGGCAAAGCGUCAAAUUCUGAGGUUAUUUUUAAUAUCAAGAAAGGGACCUGUGGAUCAAGCAGGUCAUAGUGCACCAAAGGAUCUUCGAAAAGAGAUUGAAGAAACUUUUAAUAGGAUCUCUGAGAUGCGCCUUGAACCAAAAUUGUUAAGUGAUCAGGGUCAACAUGAACCAAUAUACAGUUCAUUCGUUGAUGAAAGAGAUGAUAGCAGUUACAAGUUUCGAAGAAAAGCUUUUGAUUUAAUGAGUUGUUUAGAUGAACUUUUAUGUCGAGUUAAUAUCAGUCUGGCAAGAAAACCAUCUCAAACUGUCCGGGAGCAUUUAAUCAGCCUUCAGAAGCCGCCAUAUUCACCAUUUGAGGAGAAAGAAGAAUUAUGUGAGGCUGUUACGUUUCUCUAUGAGCAUGCACGAUAUGGUGCCAAGGAAUUUACAGAAAGGGAUUAUACUGAAUAUUCCAAUGGGAUAGAUCUUUUGUAUGAUAGAGUUUUUCAAAAGUUUGUUGUGCCAGGCAGUCUGCUCAUUAACGCUGAACAUAUGCAACAAAAAAAAGCAGACAGUCAAAUAACUGACUCAAACAUUGAUGAAACAGACAGUCAAAUGAUUUUACCUUCGGUGUUAGUAGAAGACAAGAAUAAUGGACUGCGUAAUAGAGAUACUAGUAAAACGCAGUUCGUGUGACCACAACUAAAAUUAUUUGGUGCUUUUUCUUUGUAAAUGUAUAUAAAGGGUAGUUAACAGUUCUAAAAAAAUGUAAA